AGUCGGUUAACGCGCGGCUCCUGUGUGUAGGUGUGUACUUAGUUUUUUUGUAAAUAAAUGUGAUUUCCCCGUGUCCGCCGCAUUGAUAGUGUUCCGCGUUAACAGAUCCUGAACGCGCUGGAUAUCUCUUUUCCGCAGCAGCUGUUUGGGAUCGGCGAGCGAAAGAGAAUUUUUUUAAGUUUUACUAUUUGUACAAGUGUUUGUUGUAGUAUACGCGUACAUAAUUCGAAACGAAAAGAAGUAUAAAUGAUGAAUGAUAACGAUGAAUGGUUUUCUAUCAAUGGUCAGUAAAGGCAGCAGCCAAAGUGAUCGGCAAGUUGUAGAGGUGUCGAAAAACGGCCGGCAUUUACCAGCGGUUAUAAAAAGAGCCACGCUGUUACUACUAGAGUUGCAGUGGCACUGCUGGUGGUGCUACCAGUAGGCACAGGUGACGGACGAGAAAUACCACAGCCGGCGGCGUGGGGGGCGCAUCGAGUAAGUGCAACUGGUGGUGUUGCUGUUGCUGCCCUUACUGCCGCCGCCUCCGCCACCGCCGAGCCCACGCAGCAGCCGCGGCGUCGGCCGGCGGUGCGCCGUCCAACGACCCGGACGGUGUCGAGUUGUCGGAUGACGACAGUGCGGCCGGUCCGUUAAACGUCCACCACGCGUUAAGAUCUGCGGGCUGUAAUAACGACCAAUCGUCGUCAUCCACCUCGUCGGAUCAGCAGAAACAGCAGCAGCAGCAAUCGACGUCGAUUUCACCGCGUCUCCUGUCCCUGGACAGCAGCAGUAGUAAACAACUACAAUUGUUGCACGACAUUGAAGAAGAGGUCGAUGACGAUCAGCAGACGUUGCCGCUCAACGAAGACGACUGCCUUCUGCUGGGAAGCUUUUCAUCGUUAACGGUCAGGAAAACAGCCAAUAGCCCGUCGCCCACGUUUAAUUCGACUGCCGCCUCAGUAAUAUCUCUGAAGUUUACCACAACAACUGACCGGAAACGGAAAAAAAAUCUUCGUACAAAGAGCGUGACGAGUACUACUAGUUCGGAUACUUGCGGCAGUGGCGGAGUGGCCCCCGCCAAAAUGCAAGCCGAACAAGGUAGUAUAGGCGAUUUACAAAAGUACCACAAGUUCCUCAGAAAUCGCCGGCACACCUUGGCAAACGUUCGUUUUGACGUGGAAAAUGGAGCUGGUACGAGUCCCGGAAGGUCACCUCUGGAUGGAGGAGGGACAUCUCCGUCCGCUGGUUUGGUGCUACAAAAUUUACCGCAACGCCGAGAAUCAUUCCUUUAUAGGUCUGAUUCGGAUUUUGAAGUUUCGCCCAAAUCCAUGUCCAGAAACUCGUCCAUAGCAAGCGAAAGAUUAAAAGAGACUGAAGCCAUUUUGGAAAGAUCAACUCAUGGCGAAGAUCUCAUUGUAACACCAUUCGCGCAAAUAUUAGCAAGUCUGCGAAGUGUUCGCAACAACUUCUUAAGCCUUACAAACGUACCCACACAAAAAUCUCGAAGGUCGUCCGGAGCCACUGGCAAUAACACACCGCAAAAUAGAGUAGUCAAUCCUGGAGAUGAUGCCUACCUUAAAAUGUCUAUUGAGACAAUCGAAGAACUGGAUUGGUGUUUGGAUCAACUUGAAACCAUCCAAACGCACAGAUCCGUUUCAGACAUGGCUUCAUCUAAGUUCAAAAGAAUGCUUAACAAAGAGUUAAGCCACUUUUCAGAAUCAAGCAAAUCUGGGAAUCAAAUAUCAGAAUAUAUAUGUUCUACUUUUCUCGAUAAGCAACAGGAGUUAGACAUCCCGUCGCUGCGGUUAGACGAAAACCAGCAGGACGAAGCUCGACCGACUAAAGCCAUUACUUCCUCUUCUUCCUCAGGGGCAACGACCAGUUCUCAGUCAGGUGCUCAACCUAAAAAAAAAGACAUCAAAUCCAAAGUAACGCCUAUGUCACAUAUUUCUGGUGUGAAACGGGCGUUAUCACACACGAACAGUUUUACCGGUGAACGAUUACCCAAAUUUGGUGUAGAUACAAUGAAAGAAGAAGAAUUGGGUUCUACAUUAGCAGAAAUAGACAAAUGGGGAAUCGAUAUAUUCCGGAUAUCAGAUCUUUCAAAUAACAGACCAUUAACGGCGAUUGCCUACACCGUAUUUCAAAAUCGAGACCUUUUGAAAACAUUUAUGAUUCCAGCCAAAACGUUUGUAACAUUUAUGAUGACUUUGGAAGAUCAUUACGCUAAAGACAAUCCUUUUCAUAACAGUACACACGCGGCAGAUGUUGUACAAUCCACUAAUGUUUUACUUAACUCUCCGGCAUUAGAAAGCGUCUUCACACCACUGGAGAUAACAGCUGCAUUAUUUGCAGCGGCGAUACACGAUGUCGACCACCCUGGACUUACAAAUCAAUUCCUUAUCAAUUCAAGUUCUGAAUUGGCUUUAAUGUAUAACGACGAGUCUGUGUUAGAGAAUCAUCACUUAGCCGUAGCCUUUAAACUUUUACAAAACGAUGGAUGUGACAUAUUUCAAAAUGUCAACAAAAAACAAAGACAAACUCUUAGGAAAAUGGUUAUUGAUAUGGUGCUAUCGACUGAUAUGUCUAAACACAUGAGUCUAUUAGCAGACUUAAAAACUAUGGUGGAAACAAAAAAAGUUGCCGGUUCUGGAGUUUUACUACUUGAUAAUUAUACUGAUAGGAUACAGGUGUUACAGAAUUUAGUUCACUGUGCAGAUUUGAGUAAUCCAACAAAACCACUAGAAUUGUAUAGAAGGUGGGUUGACCUUCUAAUGGAAGAAUUCUUCCAACAGGGUGAUAAAGAGCGAGAACAAAAUUUGGACAUUAGUCCAAUGUGUGAUAGACAUAGUGCCACGAUAGAGAAGUCACAAGUGGGUUUCAUCGAUUAUAUUGUACAUCCUCUUUGGGAAACGUGGGCUGAUUUAGUACACCCAGAUGCCCAAGAAAUACUCGACACGCUUGAAGAAAAUAGAGACUGGUAUCAAAGUAUGAUUCCACCAAGUCCACCUGCAACAGAAUCUGCCGAAGAUCGGGAUAGCGGAGAUGACGAAUCAAAACCUAGUAGUGAUCAAGAUCCCAACAUUAGGUUCCAUGUGACAUUGGAAGAAGGCGACGAAGACUCGGUGGCGGCGAUGUGACGUAAACUAGUCGGCUGGUGUCGCAAACUUGGCGAAAAGGUCAACUAUUGGUGGAAGACAAAAUGAGUUAGCCCAAAAGCAACUCAUGUGCUUCCUAUUUUGUGCCCACAACACAAAGUUCAGUCCCUAGUUUAUCUAAACAACAGUUAGGAGUGAGUGUGUGUGUGGAAAUCAUCAAAAGCUUUAUUCUCUGUCUGUAUAAUAUACGUGUAUAUGUACAUAUUAAUUUUUAAAAUACUAGAAAAAAGUGAACAGCAGACGGAAUUCUUUAAUCUCAUUUACAUAUUUAUAUAUUCAUAUAUAACACACGAAUAAAAAAUCACUUUAUCAUUAGUUUUGAUGUAAUUCGUUGUUAUUAAUUUAAGUACGCGUUAUUAAUUAUUAAUUAAUUAUUAUUAUUAAUUAGUUUGUGUUGUUUGGAGAGAGAAAAAUUAUCGCUCGUUUGUUUUUUGUUCUUGAAAACUGUUUUUAUCGUAGUGUUCUCCUUUAAUUUUUUAUUGAUUAUUACCGUUCAUGUUUAGUCAUUUUUUUAUAUUUAUUGAUGUUAUAGCUCUUAAAAUAAUAACACUAUUAUACCACUAAUUAAUAUAUUUGUUUAUAAAUUAAAUUUUGUCAUUGUAGUUGGUAGGAAGUAUUUUUAAAAACAUUUCGAACACAAAGUUACAAGCCAUGUAAAAAUCCUUAAUUAAAUGAACCUAACCUAAAAAUUAACGGUAUCUCCUAUUUUUUUUCGUUACUGAUAAAAAUAAAAGUUAAUUAAAUAUUUUGAAAAUAACUUCUGUUGAUUUUCUUAACCGUUUCAAUGAAUUUUUAUUUUACUAAUAUCAUUAUUUUAAUGUUUGACAGCUUAAUAUCUUAAAUAGAAUUUAAAUUCAAAUUGUAUACACAAUACUAACUUUGUAUAAUUAUAAUCUGUAAAUAUUAUAAAUCUAACCACAAAGAUCUAAAUUAUUACAGAAAAAGCCAAAAAAUAAUUUAAUUUGUAUUAUAUUGCAUUAUUUUUGUAAUUACACCUAAUUUUAACAGAUAAUUUAUGAUUCUGUUCUAUUGUAUCGAUCCCUAAAUGUUAAAAAGUUUUUAUGUUAUGUGUAUUUUUUUUUAUAAAGGCUGUGUUUUUUGUUAUUUUAUAGAUAUUUUAAUAUUUAGGCCAGGUUCAUUUAUUUCAUCUACUAUUCAUGUAAUGUAUAUUUGAUGUAACUUAAAAAUUAAUUUUAAUGUUUCCAUUACGUCAAUUUUCUUACAUUUUUUUUUUACUAAAAUCAUUACAUUUAUUCUAUUAGAAACACUUUCAAAAUGUUACCUUUCUUAAUCUACAAGUAUAAAUAUUUAUAUAUUUGUUGAGUAUAGUUAUUAGUGUGUAUUUGUUUAUGUUUUUAACAACUAGUCAAUUUUUCGCCAAAUGUUUGUACAAAUUUUAAUUCGUUUCCCUCCCUUAUCAUUCUUUUUACUUUGAUAUGGUAAAUUAAUAAUAUAUUCUCUUUCUAAAACUACAUUUGUCUAUCGACUGUCUAUUUUAUAUAAGCUUGGUAAUUCAGGGUCCCCGAUUUUGUCCAAAUUCCUAUUUACUUUUUUUAUACAUAAAUAUUAAAUAAUGAGAUAUAUUAUAAUUAAUUAAUUAAUUAAUUAUUAUUAUUAUAUAUGUACAUAUAAUAUACAUCUCUUCCUAUAUUACAUGUAUAAGUAUAUUUGUGUAUAAUAAUAUUUUAUUAUACAUACAAUAUAUUACAUUAUGUUUACCAUUUUUUAAUAAUUGUGACAAAUAUCUUUUCGAGCCCUAGUUUGUUGUUACCGUCUUUUGUUGACAUCACGCCUUAGCUCAAACAUAACAACGUUUCUACUAUGUAAUACUUGUUUGUUUUAGGGUUUUGAAAUGAGCAGGGCUUAAUUAUUUGAAUUUAAGAACAAGUUUAUUUAUCAGUGUUGUAUUUACAUGUAAUUCAUAUUAAUAAAUUAAUGUAUGUAUUACAAUGUUUAGGUCUGUAAUUUUGUACCAAAUAGAAUGAAAAAUAUAAAAAGUCGGUACAAUUCA